AUCAAUUUGUAUGGAAAAUCUUAACAAAAUUAGCACUGCGAAGGGCAAAUCGAUACAAGUUGAUGUGGAACAUUGUGGCUUAUGUGCAGCGCAUGCGCGGCAGUGCAGAUCCCUGCAGAAAUAUAUAAUGAACGAACAGCCUGAUACUGAUCUAGUAUGCCGAGCAGGUCGACGUGGUUCUUUUGAAGUGGUCAUAAACGGCAUGUUGGUACAUUCAAAAUUGCAGACACAGGCUUUCCCAUCGCAGGAUGAUAUACUGCAGAGAGUAAAAAAUGUGCACGCAGGUUUGCCCCCCAAUUAUGUAAAAGCAGAAAACAUCUGCACGCUAAUGUAAAAAAAACCGCUUCUGUAUAUACAGACAUACUUUUCAUAUAAUUUAGUCGAAAAAUGUAUUUUAGUAAAUGUU